AUGGCGACGCUCCGCCUUCUCUCGAGCAGAUCAUUCGCGCUGCAGCGGUUAUCGCGCCUCGAAGCGCGCCGCUACGCGUCUCCGUCUUCCUCGGUCGCAGCGAGCGCGCCCUGGCGCACAGCGCUCUACGCGACCCUCUUCACGGUCUCCGCCGGCCUCUUCGCGGUGUACUACUUCGACUCGCGCUCCGCGCUCCACCGCUACCUCCUCACGCCCGUCCUGCGGCACGCGCUCGACGCGGAGACGGCGCACAAGCUCGCGGUGCAGGUCCUGCGGAGCGGGCUGGGCCCGCGCGACACCCAGCCGGACGACGGCGUGCUGAAGACGGAGCUGUGGGGGCUCCCGGUCUCGAACCCGGUCGGCGUUGCGGCGGGGUUCGACAAGAACGGGGAGGCGAUUGACGGACUGUUUGAUCUCGGGUUCAGCUGGGUGGAGGUGGGCAGCGUCACCCCGAAACCUCAGCCCGGUAACGCCAAACCGCGCGUGUUCCGUCUGCUCGAGGACGGCGCGCUGAUCAACCGCUACGGCUUCCCCUCAGAAGGGCACGCGUCCGUGCUCGCGCGCCUGCGGGCGCGCAUCCCCCUAUUCCGGGACGAAAGCGACCCCUCACCGGCGUCGUUCCGCCCCGAUGCCCUCCUCGCGGUGAAUCUCGGAAAAAAUAAGGCGUCGGCCCCGGAGUCGAUCGAAGAUUUCGUAUCGGGCGUGCACGCGUUCGGUCCGUACGCGGACGUGCUCGUCGUAAAUGUCUCCAGCCCAAAUACGCCGGGGCUGAGGGGACUGCAGACUCGCGCUCUCCUAGAAGAGCUGUUGGCGGGCGUUUCGCAGGCCCGGGACGAACUGGUCGCCUCCGAGAAGGUCGUGCGCAAGCCGAAGCUGGUGCUCAAGAUCGCGCCGGACCUCGACGAGGCGGAGAUCAUCGACAUCGCCGCGGCGGUAAGCAAUGGCGACGUCGACGGCGUCAUCGUCAGCAACACCACAGUCCAGCGGCCGGCGAGCCUGACGGACCCGAACAGGACGGAGGCGGGUGGGCUGUCCGGGCCGCCGCUGAAGGCGUACACGCUCGCGACGCUGCGGACGCUGCGCGCCCACCUGCCGGCAGCGGUGCCGAUCAUCGGGUGCGGGGGCGUCGCGUCGGGCGCGGACGCGCUAGAGUAUGCGCGGGCGGGCGCGGCGGCGGUGCAGCUGUACACGAGCUUUGGGUACGAUGGCGUGGGCGCGUGCCGGCGGAUCAAGGACGAGCUCGCGGAGGCGCUGCGGGAGGCGGGCACGAGCUGGGCGGAGGUCGUGCGCGCGGCGGUCGACGCGAAGAGUUUGCGGGAGCGGGCGCCCCCGGCGGAGGAGGGGCUUGCGGAGCUGAUUGCGGAGGCGGAGCAGCUGAAGAAGCUUCUGGAUGGGCUGGGGGAGCGGGUGGAUCGCGGCGAGGGUGCGACUGCGCCUGCGUCGGGUGCGGCAGUGGCUGCCGUUGCUGUGUAG